GUGCCUCCUAAUUGUUACUAUAUAUACACCAUUCACAAGGAAACAAAACGAUAAAUUAUAGAGUUAAUUUAGUAAAAGUAGUGUCAUUUAUUUUGACAUCAUAAUUGUUUUUCUUAAUGUGUACAAAAAAUAAAUAGUGUCAAGAGAUAUGUUAAGGAUGAAAGUAAUCAAUAUUUUCAUCAUGUAUUGAAUUGAGUAUGUAUGUUAAUUUAUACAUUGGAAAUUGAAUAGGAUAAUCUCUUGAGUGUUUAAUUAACAUACUAAAUUCAAUACAUGAUGAAAAUAUUGAGCUUUAUAUGAGAGAGAUGGUUGCUUUUGGGAAAAAAUUGAAAGAAAGACAAAUUCAAGAAUGGCAAGGAUAUUACAUAAACUACAAACUAAUGAAGAAAAGAGUAAAGCAAUAUGCUCAACAUAUUGAACAAGGAACACAAGAUCGACAGUACGUACUCAAGGAUUUCUCACAAAUGCUAGAUAAUCAGAUUGAGAAGACUGUCCUUUUUCUGUUGGAACAACAAGGGCAUUUGGCAAGCAGGAUAGUGCAGCUCGGAGAUCAGCAGGGUGAUGCUCAGCAAGAGGCUGAAAUAAGCAAAAUAUCUGAACAGCGAGAAGCUUACAGAACAGUGGGAGAAGAUCUAUUAAAGCUUCUCUAUUUCAUAGAGAUAAACGCUGUUGGUUUGCGAAAGAUCUUGAAGAAGUUUGAUAAACGAUUUGGCUAUAGAUUUACUGAUUACUAUGUUAAAAGUCGUGCAAAUCAUCCUUACUCCCAGCUGCAACAAGUGUACAAGCAUGUGGGUAUAGGAGCUGUUGUAGGAGCCUUAUCUCGCAAUCUUCAUGAACUUCAGGACCGUCAAGGAAGCUACUUACCAAUUUAUGAUCAUCCUACUCUUCCUCUCCAGGAUCCUGUCAUCGAUUCAAUAAGAGCAGCCAUGGAUAGAUUGACUCACUCAACCAAUUUCCUUGACUUUUUGGGGCAACAUGCACUCAUUAUGCAAGAAGAGCUGCAGCUGCCUGCACCAUCUGAUCAGAAAGUUGAUGAUGAGAAAUACCAUUUUAUGUCUCUCCUCUUAAACUUGGCUAACACAUUCCUGUAUAUGGUCAAUACAUAUAUUAUUGUCCCUACAGCAGAUGAUUACUCUAUGCAACUUGGGGCUGCACCAACGGUUUGUGGUAUUGUGAUCGGUGCAAUGGCCGUUGCUCAAGUGUUUUCCUCAGUAUAUUUCAGUGCAUGGUCAAAUAAAUCAUACUUCAGACCUCUUGUAUUCAGUAGCAUAAUUCUUUUUCUCGGCAAUGCCAUGUACGCCUUAGCAUACGAUCUUAAUUCAAUAUGGAUUCUCCUCAUUGGUCGUCUUUGCUGUGGAUUUGGUUCUGCUAGAGCUGUUAACCGGCGCUACAUCAGUGAUUGUGUGCCUUUAAAUAUCCGCAUGCAAGCAUCGGCAGGUUUUGUUAGUGCCAGCGCUCUUGGAAUGGCUUGUGGUCCUGCAUUAGCUGGCUUACUGCAAACAAAUUUUAAGAUUUACAAGAUUACAUUUAAUCAAGAUACUUUGCCAGGGUGGGUUAUGAUGUUUGCUUGGCUUAUAUAUUCAAUAUGGUUGUGGAUCUCUUUUGUAGAACCUUCUCGUGAAUUCGAAGAGGACCAUACAACAUCUCAAUCUAAUGCUGUAGACAGCAGUGCACUUGAAAAAGGCCUAAGACAACCAUUAAUGAUUAGUUCUGAAGAUAAGAAAGAUGAAGAUGCUGAUCAGGAUUAUGAUGAUAGCGAAGAAGCUUCAGAGGAAUCUCAUCUACCAGCCAAUUCAAUUGGAUCGGCAUAUAGACUCCUUACACCUUCUGUAAAGGUUCAGUUAUUGAUAUAUUUCAUGCUCAAAUAUGUAAUGGAGAUUUUACUAUCAGAAUCUAGUGUCAUCACAACAUACUACUUUAACUGGACAACAAGCACAGUUGCUAUUUUUCUUGCUGGACUUGGUUUGACAGUUCUUCCAGUAAACAUUAUUGUUGGAAACUAUAUAAGCAACAUAUUUGAUGACAGGCAAAUUUUGUUGGCAUCAGAAAUCAUGGUUUUAGUUGGUAUAUUGUCUGCCUUCCAUGUAAUCAUUCCAUAUUCCGAGUUGCAGUACAUCUGUUCAGGUCUUCUUAUGUUUGUUUCUGCUGAAGUACUCGAAGGUAUCAACUUGUCGCUUCUUUCGCGAGUUAUGUCAUCAAGGCUUUCUAGAGGGACCUAUAAUGGAGGGCUUCUAUCUACAGAGGCUGGGACAAUUGCACGAGUGAUUGCUGAUGCAACUAUUACCCUUACUGGCUACAUGGGUGUGAGUAGGCUCCUAAAUAUGACCCUACUUCCUUCCCUCUUCAUUUGCAUAGGUUCCAUCGUUGCAACAUGCUAUACAUACAAUUCUUUAUAUUAAUUAUGUUGCUGAUUCCAAUUGAAAAAGGAGAAUGAUGUAUGGAAUGAAUCUUUGAUGUUAAGAUUAAUUUUGUUUGACAGACUGUAGUGAUUUGACAAAUUAGAUUGAAUUUUAACUCAGAUAAAUAACCCUAUUUUAUUUUUAUUUAUUUUUU